AAAUUGUGGUGAUAAUGAUGUUAUUAUAUUUGCGUGGGCGGAAACAGGAAAAUUAUUGUAAUGGCAAUUUGCGCUGGUUGUAAUAAUGCAAUAUUGGAUCGUUAUGUUUUCCAUGUUCUCGAAAAAGCAUGGCAUGCAACAUGCAUUCAAUGUGCAGAUUGCAAAGCAUUACUAAGUGAAACAUGCUUUACUCGAAAUGGUUUAAUAUUAUGUCGGAAAGAUUUUGCAAGGAGGUAUGGUACACGAUGUGCCGGUUGCAAUAUGGGUUUAGAUCGAAAUGAUCUGGUAAGACGAGCUCGUGAUAAAGUUUUCCAUGUACAAUGUUUCCAGUGUACGGUAUGCCAAAAAAAACUAGAUACCGGUGAACAGCUAUAUAUAUUGAAUGGGAAUCGAUUCGUUUGC